GCACAAGGAGCUGGGAAGCAUUCCGGAUCAAACUCAGGAGAACCUCAGGUUAAGAACUGAGAUCUGAGAAGCUUUCACGAAGGUUGACCAUGAGGAAUCUUCCAUUUGGGCUGGACUUCCUUCUGGUCUUGCAAACCGGAGAGAUCUGCUUGGCACUCGCCCAGGGAAUCUUGUAUGUCGAGGCAUCGGGUUCAGAAGCAGAGUGUGAAUCUGCUGACAGGUGUGAUGUUUAUGAAGAGCAGAGUCUGAUUGCCUGGUAUAUCUGGUUCUCCGUCUCCCUUUUCUUGGCUGCGAUCCUCCUGUGCAUUGCUGCCUGCUGCCUGCAGCACUGGCUGAAACGACGGAGGCUCUUCUCCUCUCAGCAGACAGUCGCCGUGUUUGCCCUCAGCGACGCCGAUUCAGGACACAAGAGUGACGGUAGGCUGAGGACUGUGCCCCCAAUCCACCCUCACCCCCAGUGGAGCUCCUCCGAUUUCAUCUUUGAUACAGUGGCGAGGAAUGAGCCACCUCCGUCCUACGAGGAGAUUGUGAAGCCAGGGACCACCCAGAGGUGCUGCUCAGCUUCCAGGCUGAGGGGUGACAUGACCGCAGACCCACUUUCAUGGGGAGAGGACUCAGAGUCCUAGCUAGAGGGCUGGGCUGGGACAUAGGCAGCCCUUCCCUUGGUUAGGAAGCUCAUGGGGCCACCAUGGCCAGGCCACUCUGCCUCAGCUUUACCUACCUCACAGGGUUGUUGUGAGGCUGAAACGUUGCUUCAAGCUAUGUGGAAAGGGGAAAGUGUGCGCAAUGAAUAAAGAAAU